AUGUUGAUUGUGGCAAACUUGUUGUUGUUUGGAAGGUUUAAUUGGGGGCUUAACGUCAGAAAGAAAUGCGAAAGGGUACUGAAGCUUCUGGAGAAGGGCCCGCUUCUUAAGGAAGAACGGGAGAAAGCCCGGAAAAUUUCAAGAGGGAUUCAAGGGUUCGGAAGCUUCUGCUCGAGAAAUUGUUUGCCUCAGGACGCACUCAAGGAACCAUCAUUUGCUAGGUCUUACUCCGAGUCCAACCAUCAUCAACAAGACUUGUUUCCGGCUCAAACAGAAAAGCCAUUGAAUUUGGAAAACUCGAAAAGUGUUGAUACCAAAGAAAGUUUGGGCACGGACAAUAGUGUUCUCCGGAGAGAAACGAGUGCAGGAAGCACAAAUCAGCCCUUGUUGGGAGAGAAGAAAAACAAUUACCCAGCCAAAGUCCCGGUUAGCAAUACUCAUCCUUUCGAUGACCAACUGACGGCAAUCUCACUGCUGUCUGCAGCAGAUGAGAAUUGA